AUGCAGAGAUUUGGUAGUACUUCAAGUCACUCAAUUGACCAUUAUGAACCAUCAAGAUCAACAAUUCAUCGUGAUUCAGGAGAUUUUUCACAAUCAAGUGACGACGAAUCUUCAAUUGAAAUUGUAACUAGACAAUCAUCACAUAACCAGUCUGUCAACUCCCAUGAUUUGGAACCACUGCAAAGAGAGCCACUAACUGGUGAAGUGUUGAUGACAUCAACAAACCCACCAAAAAAUAGAUGGAGAAUAUUUGCGUGUGUAUUGUUUAACUUUACUGGAGGGUUCAGUGAUGCUGCGCCUGGUGCAUUAUUGCCCUACAUUGAGGCGGCAUACAACAUCAACUAUGCAGUCACCUCCUGCAUUUGGGUCAGUAAUGCAGUUGGUUUCAUAGUGGUGGCUUCCAUGUCUCACAAAAUUCAACCAUGGUUGGGAAAGAGGUAUUGCUUCCCCGUAGGCAACUUGUGCAGUUGUAUAUUUUAUGCUUUAGUAUCUAGUGGUACGGUGUUCCCCGUUAUCGUUGUUGGGUUCUUUUUCGGUGGUUGUGGCUUUGCCAUGGUUGCGGCGCAGUGUAACAUCUUUCUAAGUCGGUUGGAUCAGCAAUCAACGUAUUUGUCUUACUAUCAUGGUGGUUAUGGUAUCGGUGCAACAAUAUCGCCAUUGAUUGCAACCAGUAUGGUGAAUAGAGGCAUUGCCUGGCAUUAUGUUUACUUGAUUUUGUUAGGCAUGAUGGUGGUAACAGGAUUCAACUUGUUUUAUUCGUUUGAGAAUGCAGAUGAAGACUUGAAGCCAUGGGACCAUGAUGAACAUGUGCAUGAAGGAAUUGAAAUGGCUGAUCUUCGUGAUAGAGGUGACGCUGGAGCAGCAGAUGCAACAUCCAAACAACGCCUGGAAAUGAUCUUGGCUUUACAAAACCACGUAACGUGGUUGAUUGCAUUCUUUUGCUUGUUUUACCAAGGUGCAGAGGUUUCUUUAGCUGGUUGGAUUGUCACCUACUUGUUAGACUACAGGCAUUCAAGUGAGAAAACUACAGGUUAUGUGGCUUCUGGCCUAUGGGCAGGAUUGACAAUAGGAAGAUUGCUACUAACACGCCCCAUUCACAAAUAUAUCGGGUUGAAGCGAGGUGUCAUUGUUAUUUCAGUAUUAUCGAUUGUAUUAGUAGGUUUGACAUGGGGCAUCGCAUUGUUUAUUCUUGAGGCUGUAUUGGUUUCUAUAGCAGGAGUUUUUAUAGGACCCAAUUAUCCAUUGUUAGUUACAUUCAGUGCACAAAAGGGUCUAAUCCCCAGGAAAAUUCAGUUGGUAUCCUUGACUAUAAUGACUGCGUUUGGAUCUUCUGGUGGAGCACUAUUUCCCUUCAUUGUUGGUUUAUUGUCUGAAAAAGUUGGUACAUUUGUUGUAUUGCCCGUGUUUAUUGCUUUGUACACCUCAAUGACUAUACUUUGGUUAAUGUUGCCUAAUUUAGAAAGACGGAAGGAGUCAAAAGGUAAGUUCGCCUUUUUAGAUAGAAUUUGGUAG